GCGGCGGGGGACACGGCGGCCGCCGCGGGGCUUGAUCGGGCGACGGUGGCAGCGGCAACUGGUCCUCCUCCUUCUCCCUUUCCCACCUCCUUCGCCUCCUCCCCCUUCCUGGUUGCUUCUCGUUCUCCUCCCCUAGUGGCGGCCCUGAUCCUACGUAAGGGAAUGACUACCAGGUACGCCAGCGAAAAUAGGGUGCAAGCCCAGAAACCAUUUCUGUACCACCACUUGUUGAGAAACUGAUUUGAAAGCAACUCUUGUACUUGGAACUGGCAGAGGGUGCCCGGAUUUGACACCUCUGUUUUCUCAGAUUGGGAACCCUUCACUGCUAAGUGUCAAGGCAACAAAACUGGAAACUAACUUGACCCUUAUUGAAAACCAGAAUGGAGCGAUUUGUAGUAACAUCUCCUCCUGCUCGAAACCGUUCCAAGACUGCUUUGUAUGUGACUCCUUUGGAUCGUGUCACUGAGUUUGGAGGUGAGUUGCACGAAGAUGGAGGGAAACUGUUCUGCACUUCUUGCAAUGUGGUACUUAAUCAUGUUCGCAAGUCUGCCAUCAGUGAUCACCUCAAGUCUAAGACUCACACCAAAAGAAAGGCAGAGUUUGAAGAACAGAAUGUAAGGAAGAAACAAAGGCCUCUAACAGCAUCUCUUCAAUGCAACAGUACUGCGCAGACAGAGAAAAUCAGUGUUAUCCAGGACUUUGUGAAAAUGUGCCUGGAAGCCAACAUCCCACUUGAGAAAGCUGAUCACCCAGCAGUUCGUGCUUUUCUGUCUCGCCAUGUGAAGAAUGGUGGCUCCAUACCUAAGUCAGACCAACUAAGGAGAGCUUACCUCCCUGAUGGGUAUGAGAAUGAGAAUCAGCUCCUUAACUCACAAGAUUGUUGACAAGGGAGGUUACCAUCAUUGUGAACAAGACAAAUGACGUGGAGUAUUAAAGUUAUGUGUUGAUUGUGUGGUUCAUUUUUAUAUUUAUUUCAUUAAAAUCAUGUGAUACAGAAUAGUUUUGCAAUGUGUAUAUAGCUGCGGAAGUGACAACCUCACUGCAGAACUUAGUGAUAAUUUAGCCACUGGUGGUAUAAGACAGAACUUCAGUUUAGAGUGUGCUAGAAUAUCUAAAGCCUGAUGGUUUUCUUUCAAACUGAUGGUUUUCCCCUAAAAGGUUUAUGCAUUGAAAGUCCUACCCUGCUUUUUACCAUGUAUGACUGUUCCUUGAGAAGUUCCUUUACAUAUUUAGGAUGAAAAAUAGCAUAAGAAACUGAAACUGCUGCCAAGGAAUACUGCUCAUGAUUAAAGUUUUUUGUUUUUUGUUAUUGAAGGGGUUUUUGGUCUGGUUAGAUUACCUUCUAGUAGAAUAAAAUGUGCUUCUGUAUUCUUUGUUCAGAAUGGGUGAAGGUGCUUAAAGUUCCUUUCAAGUUACAUUUAUUAAAACUUAGUUGUCUUAAAUGUCCUCUUAUCCUACCCUUCCUCAAACAUUUAUUUAUUAAUAGCCUCAAAAUCAGCAAAUAAGACUUUUCAUGAGAGCCAGAAUUCAUAGUGAGACAUUAGGUAACUGUGAUUUUGCUCUUUUAACAUGAACAGAAUUUCACAAAUGUAUCCAGGAACACUUUUAGUGAAUUUUGAACUAUUUAAAUUUCAAGCAUCCCUUUCAUGUGCAUGUGUUUAUUGGGUUCCAAAACUCUUUUUGCAUUAAAAUUCAGUCUUAAAUAUAAAUAGAAAUUUGGUUUUGAUGUCUUAACUAUGGAUAAGUAAAAUUAAGCAGCAAGUCUAAUUGUACUGAGUUGAAAUACCCUGUUUCAUGGAGUAAUCCUCUGUGCCUGUGCUUUCAGGUCAGUGCAGAUGGAAAAUUAAAUCCAUUUAAUUUUGCUACAUAUGAUUUUAACAUAUAUAAUAUAUAUCUCAUGAGGUAAAUAGACCAGGAACAAGAAAGCUCGUAUUAUUUGAUUUCCUGGAAAAACUAUUUCUGGUGCUUUGGUGUUUUUAGAAAUAGUAUAAAAAGGAGCUAAUUAGAAAUUCUGGCAAGAUAUUUGUUUAGGGGUAGGCUUCUGGCAGCAUCAUGCAUAAUUGUUUUGGGGGAUAUGAUUGUCAUUUCUGCUGAAGGGUCUACCAUAUUGAGGAAAUGAGCUCGUUCUGACCCUUAUUAUCUCAGUAAGGCAAAUAGCACAGUUCUUAUAGAUUUCAAGUCCAGACCACAAGAGAACCAAAUUGUAUGCUUUUAAAAGUUAAUCACUUGCUAACUUGGGCUAGUGCUUUUAUUUUUAUUUAUACAUACAUAUAUAUAUAUAUAUAAUUUGUUGCUUGAGCAUAUACAAGAUAAAAAUUACUUGUAACUUUUUUUUUUUUUUUUUUUUUUUUGGUUACAAAGCAAUGGUGGAGUCCCUUGUAACAGGGUAAUAAGGUUUCUUUAAAAAGACACAUCGCAAUAUGUCACGUGAAGCUGUGCUCACGAAAAAUGAGGCCAAAGUGAAUAGGAAUGUUGGAUUUAUUUUUUGGAGCCAACUUUCCAUGCUUAAAUUUCUGAGAAGAUGCUUUCAAGGUGCUAGUUGAGUUUCAUUUUAGGUCUUCAUUUGAGUUUAGAUUGUAAGUAUUUUCUCCUACCCUUCUAAAAAAAAAUUAGCCUGUCUUUAAAAAUUACUUUAUAUAACUUAGACUACUGGGUUGUUUUGUUUUUGUUUUGUUUUGUUUCUACAGUUACAGUAAAUUAAUGCAGCAAAUUCUCCUUAUAAUGCUAUAGUUGAUAAGGUACCAAUUAAGGAACUAAAUAUCUUUCCCAACAAAAAUACACACUUUUAUAUUAGAAAGUCACUAGAAGUUGGGUCAUGUUUGCUUUAGCAUCCAAAAUGAUACUAAAAUCCAAGAAACUAAGAAAACACUUCUAGUACUAAUUUCAGGUUUUAAAAAAUGAGGUUAGGUGGAUCAGCUGAUUGUUGAUUUCAGAUAAUUCUUAUUUCCUUUCUCUGUAUUUUAGUAUUAAUUUACUCUGAAGGCAAACUAUCAAUAAUAGGUCAUAUUUCUCUUUCCGUGGUUAUUUUUAUUAUCACUGAUUUGAUGAGUUUCACUUAUAUCUUUGUGUACUUCAACAAGCCCCUAUCUAUAUUACCAUAUGUACUAUAUGUAAGGGCAUAAUCCCAUCUUCCUGUUAGGAUCAUGAGAUCAUAUUCUCAGGGGUCUCUCCCUUGCCCACUUUUUAAUGCUUCUGGGGCUUUAAUGGUAAUAUUUCUUUACUGAUUAUGACAUUUUGUGUCUCUGAGACUAUUUAACUUUGUCUCAUGGUUUAUAAGGCAGAUUGCCCAAUUUUAGCCUUUUCAAAAGUGGUUCAAAUCAGUGAAACCAUAUUUGAGAUGUGUUGGAUAGAAUAAAUAGAAACAUGAGACCCAUGCUGCCUUUGGGGUAUGAUGGACAUUUUGUACAGAAACCCUUUCAACCUUAACUCUAUAGUGUUAGUGUGAUGCUAUGCUAUUGGAAAAAAAAAAUAGCCUUUUUUCUAUUUUGUAAGUUUUAUUCAUACAUACAAGGUGGUUAAAUGUUUCAUUUACAAACUGUGUUCUUCAAGACAUGCUUACCUAUUAAUAGUGUUUUCUCAUAACAUAGUUUGUCUUCCAGGAGUUCAUUAUAUGCUUACCGUUAAUUUAUGGAUUGUUGGAAAGGAAAAUUACUUGUAGGUAAAGCAAGACUGAAGGACUAUGUAACUUUCUUGCAGGGUGAAACUUUAGGAUUAUGUUUGAGAGAGAACCAUAUUCUUUUAUAAGUUCCUACCAUCAAAUAAAUCUUUUGCAAAUGCCGCUUCUCUUUAAGUUUUUUGGCCCUGAUGAAAAUGUUUCCUAUGAUCCUAAAUUAUACAGGACUAGGAAACAUUGAAGAAAAGCUCUGUCUUAAGAAAUAUAAUCAAUUGGCUAUUUGAGAUUGUGUUUGAUGUAUAUUAAAAAAAACAGAGCCACUACUUUAAGCAACUAGUAAAGUGGGCACAUGAUAGCUAAAAUUUUCCAAUUUGGAUGUUAACCUAAAAAUGUGGAGUGAAUAAAAUAUUUAACAGUGGGAAAUCUUUCAAAUGUGGUGAUUCCAUACUUGCAUUCUUUUAAAGGUGCUUUUGUGUUUUAACUUGUUUCAGAUACUAUUAAGUGUGGUAGCAAUCACCUUAAGCACUCAAAAAAUUAAUUAUAAAAUACAUUUAAUAUAACAAUUUCAAUCAAAAAUCUUAUUUAGACCAAUGUAACAUUUAAAUUGAUUUAGCUUAUUUUCCCCUCCCCUGUUGAUUAAAAUAAAUUAAAUAAUGAAGUGGCUAUCUUAAACCCUGGUUUAUUUCACUGCACAGUAUCAUAGGUUUCUGAGGGAAAUAAAACUAACUGACCUAGUGGUAUUCUACUCAUAUUCAGAGUACUGUAAUAAUAGUUAACUAUGUUCAUUUUUGUUCUCAAUGCUAAUUUUCUUUGCUCACGCAUGUAUCCUGAAUAUUAAUGUCCGUGUCGCUUUUAAAGUUUUGUCUGUGACUUUUAGAAAUAAAUUUUUUUUACAAAAAAAUUAA